GCCGCUCGGACUAACGGAACCACCGCCACCAGCUCUCAGCGGGCACCGAGACACCGCGGGGCCGGCCUGAACCUCCUCCCCGUCGGCGUGAUCGUCCGGAGAGCCCCGGAGCGAGGAGGAGGAGGAGGAGGAUGAAGAAGAGCAACCCGAGCAGGCGGGGCGCUCAGGACUCGGUCCAGCAGCCGGUCCAGCAGCCGGAGAAGGCUGGCUGGAUCAAGAAGUUCUGUGGCCGUGGGAUCUUCAGGGAGCUGUGGAGGAGCCGCUUUGUGAUCCUGAGAGGGGACCACCUGUACAUCUCAGACAAAGAGGUCAAAGAUGAGAGGAAGGCUCAGGAAGUGUUCGACCUGGCUGAUUACGAGCGUUCAGAGGAGCUGAGGAAAGCCAAGAGUCGCAGCAAGAAGAACCACAGCCGCUUCACUCUGCUGCGCUGCAGACAGCCGGGGAACACGGUUCCCAACCUUUUGUUUCUGGCAGUGAGUCCUGAAGAGAAGGAAUCAUGGGUAAACGCCCUCAACGCUGCAAUCAUCAAGGCCAAAAACCGCAUUUUAGACGAGGUCACCAUCGAGGAGGACAGCUCACUGGCUCAUCCCACCAGAGACCGGGCGAAGAUCCCUCAUGGCCGCCGUCUGCCGACCAGAGGACACCUCAUGGCCGUGGCGUCCACCUCCUCUCACGGCAUGCUGACCCUCGACCUGGUUGCUGAGGAGGAUGGUUUCUCCCCGGACUUCGACGGCGACUCGUGGGAGAACGGUUUCCACGUUGACCUGCCGAGAGGGGGUUCGUGCGGACAGGUGUCGGUCAUCGGAUCUCGAGGGUUCGGAGUCCGACAGCGAGCUGACACCGACGUGUCAAAGCUGCGCGUGACCUCCAAGGAGCCCAAGGUGAAGACCAGCAGUCUGCCCCGAGGGAGCGAGCGGUCCUGGGGCAAACACUCUCACCUGGAGGUCUCCAAGGUUCACAAGACCCAGCAGGUCCUUCAGACUCAGUCUCGAACGCCGCAGCCAGGGAAGAGGUUCAGCAUGCAGGGCCGGAGCCGCUGUGCCUCCAUGGAUGAAGUCCUCUCCUCCAGGCCGGCAAUGAUUCGCUCAGAGUUGCGCUCUGCUUUGCGCCGCUAUCCAACAGAAGAGGAGGCUGGAGGCGCGGCGACGGUGCAGCCGGUGGGUCAGCUGCAGAGCCUCAUCGCCCAGAGGAUGCAGCGUGCUCAGGAGCUGCUGGAGGAGAUGAGACUGCAGGAGCUGCAGAAAGCCAAAGCAGAGCGAGAGAAAGGAGGCAGCUCACCUUAUCUGAAGGGAAUCGACUCCCCGCGCCUCCAUCACCUCAGGGGCUCCGACUCUCCUAACUCAAGCAGGUCGUCUGGAUCUCCAAGGAGCAGGAGCAGCGACUCUCCUCGUCUCCGAGGGAAAGACUCCCCUCGUCUAAAAGGGAGGGAGUCUCCUCGAUCCAAAGCCAAGAAGAAUCGCUCCAAAGGGACCGACUCGCCUCGCUCCAGAGGAUCCCAUUCACCAGCAGCUAAAGCACACGACUCCCCCAGGCUCAAGGACUCACCUUGUUUGACCGACUCGUCUCAGACAAAGAGCUCUGACCCUGCCCGCUCCCCAAAGCUGAAGGGAUCAUCUUCCUGUACCAACAAAGAAGACAGCUCUCCUGUUCAGAGGGCCGCUGAAUCCCCUCACCAAGGAUCUGACUCCUCACAGGUGAAAGGAUCUGAUUCGCCACGGGGCAGCGAAACGGACUCUCCCCGCCAGAGCAGCGGUAAAGAGUCUUCCUGUGCGAGUCAGAAGAACUCACCAAGUUUAUCAGCAUCCUUUGAGACCUCACAGCCAAAAACCCCCGACAAACACCACCUGACCCCCCCUCUGCCUUCAUCGCCGCCCUCCCUACUGUCAGAGGAGGACCCGGAGGUGGAGAAGAGGCGAGCAGAGGCAGAGCGCCUCCUGGAGGAGGCUGUUUCAUCAUGGAAGGAGGCUCAAGAGGUGCUGCAGGAGGUGAAGGAGCUGCAGAGCCAGACUCUACGACGGCAGCGCAGGAGGACCUACGAGAAGAUGACGACAACUGCAGCGGCAGCUGGGUUACCCGCGGCAACGUCACCAGCAGAUGAGGACGACACGCCCACCUCACCGACAUCACCUGAGGAGGACGACGAGUCGGAGACCCCUUAACAGGGAUUUCCUUUAAAGAGUAACUAAACCUCAGAGCUUCAGACGAGAGCAUCACGCCCACUCCCACCUUCCUACUGUCAUUCAUCAGCCACAACAUUACUCAGUCCAGGCUGCUUCUUAGGUUCGAUAAUUAGCCAUUCUUUCAGAAGGUAGACUUGGCAAAAGAUACUGAGUGUGAAACUGUGAUAUCUGAUGUAGUGCUGCAGGAUUUGGUAAUGACACUGGACAAUACCGUGUCAAUGUCAAUGUCGUUUGUAAUUUCCAAUUAUAUUAAAAAAAAAACAAAUAAGUGGUAUGAGUCCAUUUGCUUGGCUUUCAAGGCAAAUUUAGAGAAUAAUUAUAGUUUCGAAAAAUAUUAAGUAGCAUAAAAUAAGAAACCAGUAGUUUUUACAGUACUGCUCGCAAAAUAUUUGAUAUGUUCCUAAUAAAGGAACGUCUACAAAGUUCAACAGUAGCACUAUUGUAAACCUAAAGGCCUUUCUGCAGGCAUUACUUUAAACCUUUCAAGUGCUACUUGUACAAAAACAGUGUAGCCUUUUGGAUAAUUAUGAUAUUAAUUGCCCAGCCUGACAAUACAGUAGAAUAUAGAUUAACUAGAACCCUGUCCAGAACUCUUUUCUUCAACCCGCUCUUGCUUUCCCUCCUGACCAUAACCGCCCACUCCCACAAGCGAAUGCCAUCCACUCCAGCACACAACUACAACAAAUGUGUCGAAACCCGCCCGUAUCCCACAUGAAUUCUGGUGAUCCAUGUGAAUUAUUUGAAAAAAUAGACAAUGUGUUAAAGGGCAAUAUUGGCAUGCUUACUUGAUCACAUCCCUCGUUAAGUUUCCUCUCUGAAUGAAGGAAACCCAAGGGAAACCAUAUCAUUGUCCUGCGUAUCAGUGCCACACAUAGAUAAAAAACAGCUGGGAGUCUCUGACUCCUGGUUAUAGCUUAGAAAUAGCAAUAAAAAAGUAAUAUUUACAGACCUCAUUUACAUAUGAUGUAUUUUAAAGUCAUACAGAGGUGAAAUUGUUUCCUGAUCUCUGGAAAGUUUGUGCUUCAUAAAAACAAACAUCAGCUCUCUCAGACAGUAGAUUAAUCUUUCCUCCAUUAACACUGAGCUGUUGCCAACCUCAUCAUUAGAUGCUUAGUGCAAUAAGUGCAUGGAAACGAGUUUUCUCCCCAAAUAACUGCAUAAUGGCUCAGCGUCUCUGCACCGGUGCGUAUGCGUAGUAAUAGGCCAACAACACAAAAAGGAGAGCAUUACAGCUGUGCUUUUUGACUUAUUUACAAAGUUUAAGUGCACACACUUUUUUGUAGAGCUUGAAAAAAGCAUCACGUCCUCCACCUGACCACCACUGUCCUCCUCGAUUUUCCUGAGGGAGGAGAGGAUAGACACAAGAGUACUCCACCACACGUUGAGUUUUUCUGCAGCAAGCCCCCAGUGUCCCUGAUGAUUAGAGUUGCUACUCAUGGUUUAACUUCACGGACACUUUUGGCUAUACUCGGCUCAUGGCGUCCAGUAUGUGUUGCCGGAUCGUUCUCUGGAGAGGAGAUGACCGCUGAUCUUCUCUGCAGUCUGCUUCCUCUGCGUCCCACCUCGUUCUCUUUUCUUUGUUUCCUGCUGCGCCUGAUGCUGCUGAUUAGGAUGCUUCAAGGGCCGUUGGAUUAUUCAUGCACACUCUUAAAAGCAAUCUAACAAUAAAACACAACAAAACUCAAUUAAAACUCAGUAUAGAAAAGCUGCCCCACCAUGCUCUGAGGGUUUAGUUACUCUUUAAACUUGGACUGAAUUUUCUCAAUGAAGGUAGCGGUGUGGUCUGCAUGCUCACACAGGAAAAAGCCAACAGGAUUUGGACAAUUUUGGGAGUUUUUUAAAAUUCUAUUCUUAAAAUCUUUUCAUCUUUUAAUCCAGGUAGGAGGGAUGCACCAGAACACUUAAGCAAAAGCGGAUUAUAUUGAAACCAGCGAUACAGUUCUUCCCAGGAGGUUUAAUGACUGUAAUCCUCCACUCGGCUUUUAACAGUCACUUCUGCUGCCCGCUCUACUCCUCCAAGUCUCUUUGUGUGACAGAUGUGUCACAUUUCAUUUGACUAAUACAUUUUUUACGAGAGGCUCCCUUUCACUUUUCUCUGAUGGUGCUGCACGUUUUUUUCUUCUUUGUCUUUUUGGAGGAAAGCCUCUCUGUUCAGCAGAGACUCCGUCUUCCCUGUGAGUUUUUUAAGAUGAAAAAGACACUUUGUCAUUUAAAGAGAGUCCUUUUUUUCUCGAGCAAAGAUGUCAACGUUUAUACGAUGAGAAACUUUUUCAAACAGAUGAGACACUGAAGCACUGAAGAGCACUAUGUUUGCUACGAGGGUGGGAGGGUUUGGUUUAACUUUUUAAAUUUCUGAUGCACUGAACAGGACUGCAACCAUCAGCACUAAUGAUGAAGAUGUUUACUGCUUUAUUUGAUCCUAUAUAUGAUGUCUUCUUGUGAGUUUUUUAAAGAUCUUUGGUUUAGAUUUAGUCAGCUCCGUUCUUCCUAAAAUGUCUUCUCAGCUCGCUGGGGAUGUUUCAAACUUUGUAAGAGUGACUUUUGUAAGACUACGACAAAAAUCAGGGAGUUUGAUGUUCCACAAAUUGAGCAAUAAGCAAUAAUUUUCAAAACGAAACAAAGAAAAUGUUUUCUUAGACUCUUUUCUUGUUUAUUAGUCGCUGUCUUUCGAGGACACCGAGCAUGUUUGACUCCUCUGUGCAAUACGUGGCUUUUCUUUGUAAUACUCUUUCUUGGCCCCAGAUUCCUGUGUGAUAAAAUAUUUAUAUUCAAGGAUCUAAAAAAGGGAACAAAGCAGGAUAACCUCAUUAUGUCAGCACACGGUCGCGUUUCCAAGCUGCAAAUUUUGGAGUCUUUCAGCACAAACAGAACCUGAACGCCACAGGACCAAAUGAGCCCGGCACUUAUGCACUAGUCUAGUAGUUUCAGCUAAAGUUGUCCUUCAAGGUGAUUUUAACCCGUUUAAACCCAGAUAUUCACCAAAGGGCCAUUAGAUAGUAUAAAUAUAAACGUACACUGAGCACAUACAGACGCUUUACUUGAAAAAUUUUAGAUUUACCAUGGACUGGAGACAUGCAGACAUGCAUAAUAGAGCCGUAUGUUACAGACAUGCAUGAAAAAAAUGUUUCCUCGUGCAAUGUAGUGAUGCUACUCAAGUCAAUGCAAACAUGAGGAUGGAUGGGUGCAGAAUCCAUGGCUGUCAUGAAGUAAGAACAGUUUCUUAAAGCUCAGCAGUGCAGAGAAGAUGAUGGCCUUGGCUGCCAGCAAGGUGUUUCAGUCUGUUUUAUUGUAUUUGAUGCAAUUAGACAUAAAGAGACAAGCCUGAGUUAUACUUCUACAGAACGCCAUCAGGGGAGAGGAUAGUGGAUUAAUGUUGGUGGACUCUGAUGUUCCCUUAGGGUAACCAGGGGGUCAGGACCCCCUUUGGGGUGGCGAGACACUGAGAACGGGUAUAAAAAUACUGCUAAUUUUUUUUUAAAUUACACAUUUGCCACUUUACACAAAUUUUG